GUUUGGGAUUUGGGGUGGCGCUGCUGGGCUUCGCAGCAGUGCUUUGGGGGUUUUGGGGGCAGUGGUUUUAGGGCUGACCCUUACUGCUGCCACCAGUGGGGCCCUGCAGAGGAGCUGAGCCAGCUGACCCUCCCUGCCCACCGCACCAUGAACCCCUGCCCUCUGUACGAUGCCAACAGCGGCACCGUUUUCCUCUUCUGCAUCUGUGUGCGGCGCCGCGUCUCUGAGUGGCAUCAGAUCGUGGUGGGACGCAGCGCGGCGCGGCUCUGCUGCUCCUCCAGCCGGGACGGCGGCCUCACCUGGAGCCCCCUGCGCGAUCUCACCCACGAAGCCAUCGCCUCCGACCUGCCCUACUGGGCCACUUUCGCUGUGGGGCCGGGCCAUGGGGUGCAGCUGGACUCGGGUCGCCUGGCCGUGCCGGCGUACGCUUACUACGUUCACAGCCGUCUCUGCGGUGUCCCGCUGCCCUGCUGCACCCGCCCGCAUUCCUUCGUCUUCUACAGCGACGACGGCGGACGGAGCUGGCAGAAAGGUUCCCUGCUGCGGGGCAUGAGGACCGGAGAGUGCCAGGUGGCUGAGAUCGCUGCAGAGGAUGGAGGGAGGCUGCUUUACUGCAGUGCCCGUCGGCCGUGCCGCUGCCGGGCCGUGGCCGUCAGUGCUGACCGUGGGCAACGGUUUGGCCUCCCGGCGAGGAGCCCGGCGUUGUGCGAACCGCCACAGGGCUGCCAGGGCAGCGUGGUCAGCUUUGUGCCCAGCACCAUUGCAUGUCCUGUAGGCACCACCGAGAGCCCCAGCAGGGACACCCAACGUUGGCUGCUCUGCUCUGACUCAACCAACCAGUGCCUGCAAUGCCGUUCAGGCAAUGAGAGUCCCAGCAGGGACACCCAGCGUUGUCUGCUCUGCACCACCAGCCCUGAAAGUCCCAGCAGGGACACCCAACUCCGCUACCAUCCAACCAACCUGCAACAACACUGUGAUUUAGGGCUCCACGUCAAUACCACACCGCCCAGUGAGUGUCCUACAGGCACCACCAGCACUGAGAGCCCCAAUGGGGACACCCAGCGUCGGCUGCUCUGCUCCAACCCCACCAACCAGCUCCAGCAAUGUGAUUUAGGGACCGAGAGCCCCCAUGGGGACACCCAGCGUUGGCUGCUCUACUCCCACCCCACCAACCGGCGCCACCGUCGCGAUUUAGGGCUCUAUGUCAAUACGGCGCCGCCCAACGAGGGGGGCUGGCGGCACCCAAGGGUGCUGCAGGAGGGACCUUGUGGGUAUUCUGACCUGGCCGUGUGCCCCGAUGGGGUCUUUGGGUGCCUGUUUGAGUGCGGGGAGGUCAGCGGCUGCGAGGAGAUCGCCUUCUGCCUCUUCACAUUGGGCACCACAGGUGGUGGUGAAGGCAGCGAGAGGCCUUGCCUUGGGAAAGAACCCAUUUUUGGGGUUUUGUCCCCAAAGAGCAGCGGGGAGAACUCAGAGGAAGAUGUGAGGGAUGCAAACCCAGCGGAGGAGAAGCAGCGUUGCAAGGCUUUUAAUUAAGACUUUCCUGUGAAUUGACUGAGGCCCGUCGUUGGGUUGGCGAUGGUGUAGGAAGGAACUGGAUGUGACAGGACAUGAGGGGCCAGCAGCACACUGCAGUGCCCAGAUGGAAUUAGAAAUCAACAUUUUAAGGGGGUGGUGGUGGUGGGUUGGGGUUGGACUUGGGGGCUCAGAGAUCUUUUUCCAGCUUCAGAGAUCCUGUGAUUUUCAGCUGGGGAAAAGCCAAAAUCGGAGAUGAGUUACAAGUUCCUGACUCUUAUUACGUGCCACCAGAGAAUAUUUCUCCUUUUUUAGAGUUUUUCCCCUGUUUUUUCCAUUGCCUGAUGCCUGCUCAGAGCCCAGCUCUGUCUGUCCAACCACAGGGGCAGACAGGCGGUGCCACAUCCCCAGGCUGGUGAUGGCAGCUCAGCGUGGGCCCACAUCCUUGUGCCAGCAGCGAAUAAAUCUCCAAAAAGAAUCCAA